AUAAACAAAAUCUCUCAAGUAAUUAAUUCUUUCUUGAUCUUUAAAUUUUAUUCGUGGCAGUAUUGAAAGAAAAAAAUGAGGAUUGGAGUAAUAGUACUGUUGGGGCUUUCCUUAACCGUUGCAAUACAAGGAUUGAAACGGGAAGAUCCACAAAAAAGAGAUGCAACCAACGCAAAUCAGAAGAUCCAGGCAGCUGAGGAUAUACUGGAAGACAUGAGUCAAAACCUUAGAGUUCUAAAAGAUGCUGCACAUUCUCUCGACAAAAUUGGAAAUCUUAAUAUCAAUGCCAUUGGUACCUUUAUGAAAGUAAAACAGAUUGCAGAUAUCUAUGAAAAGAUUUCAAAAGGUGAAACAGAAGGAGCUGCCAAGGAGAUGGUGGAAGCAAUUACAACACUGUGCCUCUUCGAUGUGCCUGGAAUGGUAACUCCUGCCCACGAAGCCUUUCAGGAGAUUAUAAUGGACAAAACUGACCCUAGCAUGGCAGGAAUUCAGGAACGUAUUGGCAAAGUAAAUGCAAAGGUACACGACAUUAUCAAGAGACCUACUGCUGCAAUUAGUGACAAGGUUGAUGACAUUGGAAAUAGUUUGCAUCAAAUGCAAGAUUAUGUUCAGGAUGGGAUAAACGAUGGGUUAAAUUCGAUGAGAAAUCAAGCCAGAGCCACAAAAAUAAGAGAAGCUGGGAAAGCAAUGAAUUCUUUCAUCGGUAAAGCUGGUCGGGGAGCAAAAAAUCUGUUAACAAAAUGUGGUGGGACUUUAAAUGUGUUGUCAAUAAUGUAUGCUGGAUACAAAUUGGUUGACGGAUUUCGACAGGGUGAUAUGGAUGCUGUAUUAGAACAAGGUCUUGUACUCACUGGUAGUUUGGUUGCCAUGGUAGCAACCUUUGCUGGAGCUGGAAGUGUUUUUGGACCAAUUGGAACAAUAGCUGGUGUGGCAAUUGGUGGUAUUGCUUGCCUGUAUGGUAUCUUUAAAAGUGAUCCAAAUGGCGAUUUAAAAAAACACAUGAAGACAUCCAAUAGCAUUGGUGCGGCUUCUAUCAAAUAUCUUCACCAAGAUUUUGAACUGCUUCCGCCUCUUGCAAGAAAUAAUUACAACAAUGAUCAAUAUCUGGACUGGAUAUUUGAAGCCAACCAAAAUAUCAUGAGGAAAAAUCUUAGAGGUUUGACUCCUUCUGGACCAAUGACAUUUUCUUGGAACAACAAAAAUUCUUUUGACAGAGUGACCAACAACGAGGAGUGCAGAAGAUGGAGCAGACGUGAGAUGGUAAGUCCAACCCAUUCUCAAUUGGUGGAUUCUGGUCAAUGUGUACGCUUAGGUCAUCGUCGACAUGUGGACAAAUCGGUUUAUGAGGGAGACACAUACAGACUUGAAGGAGAAGAAAACUUCAAACAGCCGAAUGAUUUUUAUGGCUAUGUGAAUGAAGAUUUGUACACUGGAUCAACAAUAUUUUUAAGAACAAAUAAAUUAACAAGCGAGGACAAAAUCCGUAGCAUCAAUAUAGACACGCAACCUCCAAGUUUUGGACCCGAUGAAAGUGGAGAUGACACUGUGGUUAUAUAUGACAUGAGUAAAUUAAACACAGGAUCAAAGAUUAAUAUCAACCUUCGCGGAGGAAACGAUUCUGUCAUAAUUACCGGUUUGUUUGAGAAUCAGUAUCAUGAGGCAACAAAAAAUGAAAAAAUUGUGGACAUUAGUUUUAACGAAGAUAAAGGAUCAGCCGAUGAUUUCGGAGCAAUGAUUAAUUUUGGUUCAAUGUCCAGUGCGGACACAUUUGAGAACGUUAAGAACAAAAUUAAUGGCUUGGAAUAUACAGCCGUCUCUGAAUCCAACAAUGGACGUGGCGAAAUUUGCUAUGUGUGGAAGAAUAACCAAAAGAGUUGCUCUAUUGUUGUUAGCACUGUAGCAAUGUUUGGUUCAUCACCAUUUAAUGAUAAGAUUUAUCUCAACGCUGUACAUAACUUAAUGGUGGUUAAUGAUGAAGGCAAUAAUGAGUAUAUCUUUGAAUUGGAGGCAGGACAACAAUUCAGAUCUUACCAAUUGAUUGAUAAGCAAAGUCAGCCAUCUACGUUUCGCAUUCGAGCUGAAUUUGAAGUGGCGGUUGUUUAUAUUGCCAAAGACGAGACAUUUGAAUGCUACCUGACUGGUCACCGUGGCAGGUUUAAUCAACUCGUCUUAAAGAUUGUUUACAAGGGAUCCAAUAACAUCCCUAUUAUACACGUUCCUGAUUACAGGCAUGGCGCAGAAAUAGGUUCAAUGAGACAGGUCCCUUUCGACAAUAUAAAAAGAGGUAGAGGAGUACUAUCGUCGCGGGUUAAUCAUCUCCUUCUUACGGAUAACUACAAGUUCAACGAAAACUCUGAAAGUACUGGAAAUAAUCCAAAGGCUGUGUGUCUAUGUAACGUACCUAGUGGGAGUCGUUCUGAGGGUUACUGGAACAUAAAAAUGGGCAAUGGUAUUGAUUAUUUGCUUGUUCAUGAAGCUUUAAUAACUGAUGCUGAAACAAAUGGUUAUUCCAUCAAGGUUGUCUUUGAUGUUGUCAGAAAGUCUGGUUCUAACCUACAUUACGGAUGGACGCUGCAGGUACGAAAAACAAAUGAUCUGACUGAUGCUGAUUACCCACGUUAUGACGUAAGCCUUCACAAUGUUGAAAUCAUUAAAAGAGACGACGGCUUAGUCCUGGUUGAUCUUACCGACACCAUGUCCCUGACAAACUCUGUUGAUUUAGUAAGACGGUACCGAAACAUGAAGCGUUAUCAACUAGGAGAUGUGUACACUCGCGACAAUGAAGGAGAUAAGGAUGAUUACGUCUUGAUCCAAGCAUCAUCAGGUUCGGAUACUUCAAGAGUUGUCGAUCUUGGUGUUGGAACCAAUACCGUGGUUAUUGACACAACAAGUAUGAUGGACGACCUUGGUUAUCAUAUCAUCAGAACAGAAUUGGGUGAUGGGAUAUACCUCAAGGAAAUGGUGAUGACCUAUAAAAGAGGGCGCUGGCAAACGGUGAAAAUCCGCAAUGCUGAUAGGUUUGUCUGUCAAUUUGCUGGCGGCAUACAGCGGGAUCUGCCAUUUUUUCAAUCUGGUCAUGUCACAGAUGGAGAGAGAAAAUUUAAAGAUGACUGCGAAUCGAUUGACAUAUCACCAUACAACUCAAAGCAACAUGUGGGUGACAACGAGCUUCCCACGUGUUCCAGUACAUGUUAAGCAAGCAACCAAAUAAUACGUAAAAAAAAAGAUAACAACAAUAUGUAUGUAGUGUUUAGAAAUAGCGAACAUUAAAAAAACUACCACACGAAAUCACAAACUCUCUGACCUGUAAUUUCUACACGAUGAUAAUGUACCAUACACACUGCUCAAUACAAAAGUUCUUGUAAUCCCCUUUCACUAAUAAUUUGAUCCAGAGUAGAAUAA